AUGUUAAAGAUACGUAUUCAUGUAUUGAUAUCAGAGUUUUCUUUUAUACAGGAAUUUCCAAGGAAAGAAAAGGAGUCAUGGCAUUUAAAAAGACUACGUCUUCAACAAUUGGAGGAAGCUAUUCAGACAAAAAGAUGUAAACAAAGAGACCUUAUGAAUGAAUUAAUGCAAAUGCAACACAGAGAGACAGAGGGGUACUCUGACGUUUGGUCACUAGUACUGCGAGUCAGAGAGAUAAUCCAUGGAAAAUCUUUCAUUGUAAACUGGAUGAGAGAAUUGGAAGAUGACAAAAAGAGAAAAAUUAUAAAAGAAGCCUUAGAGUUAUGUACAGAAAGAGAACAAUUGAUAGAAGAAGCAAAGAGAUGGGGCGGUGAAAGAAAUAUUGCUAAAGAAGCAAUGCAGAUCAGGGAAGACCGAGAACUGAUCAUCAAAGAGGAACCCCUUGAGGACAUCGAGCACAAAAAAGUAAACUUAACUCAGCUUGUUGAAUUCUUCAUCAGACUUGUUCUACUGGCUAUCCUUUUUGGCAACGCAGCGAAGCUUAAAGAUCUUACUAGACCUAGAAAGAACAGAAUUUGUUGUGUCAAAGUGUUUCUUCUUAGCAACGAGGGAGCACACGCAUAUAAUGGGAACGGAACAUGUCUAACAAAACACAGACGUGCAGAACGAAUUGUCGUCUACAACAUUUAUUAUAACACAAGGCACAAUGAAGUGACAGCGAAACUUUUAGAUGCAUGUACACAAUGUGAUGUAAACGAUGUAAACGAAUCCUCUGACAAUCCAAACCUUUCUGUUGAUACCCUUCAAAGAAGACCAUCAGAUAAGGAAAUUGGUACAAUAGCACUCAGUAUCGGACCGGAAUGGCAUCAACUAGGUUUGCAGUUGGGUUUAUUGGAAACUGAGCUCUAUCACAUUAAGGAAGACCACAGAGGCAACUCUGUACAGCGAAAUUCAGCAAUGCUGUUCAAAUGGAGAGGAAACAGAGAAAACAGUGCAACAUUUGAAGAACUUCGCAACGCCUGUAUUCGUGCAAAAGUAAAUCCUGGCGACAUUUUCAAAAACAUUGAAGAAGCAUAAAAGGAUUUGAAAUUCCAGUUCUUUCACGCAAAGAUGAAACGACUGUUGUUUCUUGUUGUUGUUGUUGUUUUUCGUUUCUUUAUGUAAAAUGUUAACAAAUAACGGACACAAAAAAAACGCAACAUUAAUAUGUGGUAAAUAUUUGUUGCAAUUUGUAUGUAAAUAUUUUGAUGUUUUAUUAUUCAUUAAGCGCAAUCUAAUAUGGUAGUUUCUGUUAUAGUACUCGAAGCAUGUCAUUUGCCAUACAUGCACGCAGAGCUCAUAUUGUAAUUCAUGAAAGUAUUGACAUCUUAGCACGUAUUCACAUAAAUCAAAUGAUGAUGAUGGUAAAAGUCGAUUACAAACUUGUCAUUUACCUUGCCUAACUAAAAGAAAUAGAGCAUUUUUAAUAAAAUUAUGAUCAACGUUUAUUGUUGUCAGAACUGGGCAUAUUGUAAAAUCGAUGACGAAGCGAUGUUACAUGAGGCAAUGAACAGUUAUUUAAUCAUUUGGUUAUUUGAAAGGGUGGAAUCACUGCAAGUUUACCGGCCAAUCUGCGCUAAAGGAAACCUCGUGACAAGAAUUAAAUCACGUGAGCAUCACAUACGAAAGCGUUUUGCUCCAGUGUACUAAUUUUAUCAGGCAAUAUGUUGUUCUGUACACACGAUGGAGAGAAUAUAUUUUUCUGAAAAACACUUUCUGAGGUUACUAAGAACUACAAAUCAAUUUAGCGUUGGCUUAUGUAUUUGUAUAUAAACCGAAAGACUGGAAAUAGUUGUUUGGUUGGCAUUUUUACAAAUGAGCCACCUCAUGAGAAAACCAACAUAGUGGCUUGGUCAGGAUCUAUGCUGUUCGCUAACUGUUUCUCUAAUUGCAAUAGGCCUCGAAAGCGAACAGCAAGGAUCCUGACCAAACUGCGCGGAUCGCGUUAUCGCCAUCGUACCAUCGCAUUAUCAACAUCGUGCCAUCGCAUUUUUACCGUCGUACCAUCGCGUUAUCACCAACAUACCAUCGUGCAUCGCGGUUUUGGAUUCAGUAAAAAGUCAAACGGAACACCGUAGAAGAACCAUAAGCCAAAACAUUGAAAUGUAGGCAUAGGAAAUUCAAUUAGUUCCCCUUGACUUUAAAAAUCAAAGCACUGAGAGGACUGAUGUGGGCAGCGGUUGACAGCUUCUGGUAAUGAGCAUGAACAGUUAGCUUAAGUUUGGUGAUUCUAGUUAAACUACUUUUGAUCAAUAAGCAUUUUUAACCUUUCGUUUACCACAUCAAGGGGUAAAACUCUGCUUUUACUCAGUCAAAGGGGAUAAAAUAACAUAUGAGCAAAGCUCGUGUGCUUAUUGAAAAUUUUGUGAGGUUUGGUCAAUUUUGCUCAAAAUCUUUUUUGAACUAUAAGCAUUUUUUCAACAAUCAAUGGGAAACAUCCUGCCUUUACUGGAACAGAGGGAAUAACAGUGAAUGUGAGCAAAUGUCAUGGACUAAUUGAUAAUUAUGUGUUGUUUGGAGAUUCUAGUUAUAACAAGAGCUUGUAGUACAUUUGCAUGAAUUAACUGACAAGGAACAGAAAUUAUUUGGUCACUGCCUACGGGACAUUUAACGUAUUUAUCGUAAAUCAAUAAUCAUGGGUCAUUUACCAGUCUUAAUGUGAUCUUAGACAAAAGUAUAAUCUAGUUUUCUGGCAAAAUAGUUCUAUUGUCAAUGUGAUAUUGACAUUUGACCUAAUGAACUCAAAACCAAUAGGGGUCAUUUGCUGGUCAUGACAAAUCUCCCGAUCUCAUGAUCUUAGGCCCAAGGUUCUCCAGCUAUCAUCCGGAAACUGAUUUGUCUACAGACCGACCAACAUCCAUCAUCAAACAUUAAUAUUUACAAUAUACCCAUCCUCCUUCGAGUGAGAGCAAUUAAAUUUUAAAUAAGAAGAUACCCGUGUCUCCCUUGUCCCCCAAUGCAUAGUCGUAAUAGGCAAGAAGUCAAUAGAGGAUAGUAGCGAAAGACAAAGAGACACUAAUGUUUGGCUGCAAUAGAGAUCAUCUACUUGGCAUGUCCAAUCACACUAUGAAGAUACAAAAUUCUGGGUCAAAUGGUUCUCAAGUGAACCGUGUUCCAUGUUCAGGACCCUGUAACCUUGAUCUUUGAUCAAGUGAGUCCAAAAUCAACAGGGGUCAUCUACUCUGCAUGUCCAAUCAUCCUAUGAAGUUUCAAUAUUCUGGGUCAAGUGAUUCUUAAGUUAUUGAUCCAGAAAGAGUUUUUCCACCUUCAUGCCUCUGUGACCUUUCCCUUAAGUCAAGUGACCCCGGAACAUUAAGGGUCAUCGACUUUGUAAUUCCUAUCAUCGCUAUUGAAGGUUCUGUGUCAAAUGAUUCAAGUUAUUGGUUGGAAACUGUUUUCAAAGUUCUGGUUCCUGUGACCUUAAAUUUUAAUCAAGUGAUUCAAAAAAUCAAUAGGGUCAUCUACUCAACAUGUCCAAUCAUCCUAUGAAGUUUUGACAUUCUGGGUCAAGUGGUCCUCAAGUUAUUGAUCAGAAACGGGUUUCCAUGUUCAGGCCUCUGUGACAUUGACAGGCAUUUUUUUCAUUUAUUUUUUUUUUCAAAUGAGAUCUCAUUUUGGCAGUAGCAGACCAUGAAUAUAUUAUACAUAAAUUGCAUAGACAAAAGACACUUCAGAAUAGUUCCUAAACCAAAGCAACCAUAAAAGAAUGUUUACAGUGAAAUUAAAUGUUUCAUUCAAUUUUAAAACAAGCAUAACAACCAGCACACACCAUGAUCUUCGGGUUGCAUUCAGUCAGUUUUCAGCUGUAGAUUAAUAUAAUAUGCCUCAUAAUCAUGACAAUAUGCAGGUUUUAGUGUUGUUAAAUUCCUGGUCCUUUCUGGAUCAUGGAGUCCAUUUAACAUAUGUGUAACAGAGGUCUGCUUAAGCCGGCGCUAGGGGGCACAUUUCAUUACCUCUCAAGAACAGACUCAAUCAUACCGAGUCUGCUAUUAGUCUUCUUGGCUGCAUUCUUAUGCCUCCAAAGGAUCUUUUUACGAAUAUUAUUGUUCAAAUUCAAAUAUUAAAAACUGAAUUUUUUCUAACUUACUUAAUUGAUCUCAAAUGAUUUCGUUGCAGUCUUCCGAAUCCCGCUAUUGUAUAAUUAUACGAAAAGAAAUCAUACGCCAGAACGUGAAUAUUUGGGGACGAAAACACCGCAAAUCUACCGGUUAAAAAUGUUCCUUUUUAAUUAAUUAUACACUUUAAUGAUAUGACAAUCACAAACACCAGCUGGAAUGUAAUAUUAAAUCAAACUGAAGUGCAUACGUUCGUAUAUUUAGGAAACAGGUACGAAUUUUUCGCCCCCUCCGUUACGGCUGCAAUUAUUUUCCUAAGUCGUGCAAAUAAAACUUAUUUACGUAAAUAUUAUGAAAGGACCGUAUCUUUCUCUAUGAAAAAUAAAUACCUCUUCUGUUGAUGCUAUAUAUCUUUCUAUGCUACAAAGUUCAACGGAUACACGGGUGUAAUUUAUCUGAAAAUAGAACGCACGCCGUGCUAGUUAGAUGUUUUAUGAUCAUGUGACCGAAACAAGCUCUUUGGUGUUGUUAUAAUAAUAAAAUUUCGUUUAACCUUUAUAGUAGGAACUGAGUUUUGAUUUAAAACGUUUACAAAACAGGCAACUUGGUUUUAAUACCGAUUAUAGAAUUUUUUUAAGUUAUUUAUAGUUUAUUUUGGUGACGUGAUGAAGAAUUGUUUUGGUCAUGUGAUCUAAGAAAGCAAGCUCAUUUUCAUACGCGUUGUUUUUGUUAUAACAAAUAGAUUACGACAAAUUUAUACUUAAGCAGUGCAUUUUGAUAAAGUUGAAUCUCAGAAGCUUUCUGAAAGUUAAACACACUUGAAUUACGUAAAAUUUAUGGAGGACAUGGAACUACUUGUUAAGAAUUUUACCGUAAAUUUGUGGUAUGGUAAAUCUGUGGUCACGCUUCGCUGCCCACAAAAACUACUGGGGGGAUUUUGACCAAACUUUGUCAGAAUGAUGUAUUGGUACCCUAGUUGUUCCCCCUGAAAAUCAGAUUCGUUCAACAAUUUUUGAGUGAGUUAUGGCCUUUCGUUUAUUUUUAUAAUUUACAUAGAUUUAUAUAGGGAAAACUUUGAAAAUCUUCUUGUCCAAAACCACAGGGCCUAGGGCUUUGAUAUUUGGUAUAUAGCAUCAUCUAAUGGUCCUCUACCAAGACUUUUCAAAUUAUCUUCCUAUGUUGAAAUAUGGCUCCGCCCCGGGGGUCACAUGGUUGAUAAAGACUUAUAUAGCGAAAAACUUUGAAUAUCUUUUAGUCCAAAACCACUGAGCCUAGGGCUUUGGUAUUUUGUAUGUGACAUUACCUAGUGGUCCUCUACUAAGAUUGUUCAAAUUAUUCCCCUAGGGUCAAAUAUGGCCCAGCCCUGGGGGUCACAUGGUUUAUAUAGACUGAUAUAGGAAAACACUUUGAAAUCAUCUUGUGCAAAACCACAAAGCUUAGGGCUUUGAUAUUUGUAAUGUAGCAUCAUUAAGUGAUUCUCUACCACGUUUGUUCAAAUUAUCCCCCUAGGGUCAAAUAUGGCCCCACCCCGGGGGUCCCAUGGACUUAUAUAGGGAACAACUUUAAAAAUCUUCUUGUCCAUUCAAAUUUAAAUUUGGACCACAUAUAUAGUUUUGAGUGGCUAGAUGAACCUUGACACGAGUUGACCUUGAUCUUGACCUAGUGACUUUCUUUCGCAUUUCUGUAACUACAGCCUUUAAAUUUGGACCACAUGCAAUGGUUUGUGUACUGAAAUAAACUUUAACCGUAACAUUGACCUAGUGACCUAUUUUCACAUUUUUGAAGGUACAGGCUUCAAAUUUGGACCACAUGUACAGUUUUGUGUUCUGAAUUGAAAUUUGACCUUGAUUUUGACCUAGUGACCUACUUUCACAUUUCUCGAGCUACAGUCUUCAAAUUUGGACCACAUGCAUAGUUUUGUGUAACGAAAUGCACUUUGUCCUUAAGAUUGACCUAGUGACCUACUUUUACAUUUCUCAGUCUACAGUCUUCAAAUUUGGAUCACAUGCAUAGUUUUGAAUUCUGAAUUGAAACUUGACCUUGCUUUUUACCUAGUACCUACUUUCACAUUUCUCAAGCUACAGCCUUCAAAUUUGAAGCACAUGCAUAGUUUUGUGUACCAAAAUGAACUUUGACCUUGAAAGAUCUAGUGACCUACUUUCACAUUUCUAAAGCUACAACUUCUAAAUUUGGACCACAUGUAUGGGCCACAUGCACAGUUUUGUGUACCGAAAUGAACUUUGACCUUGAUUUUGACCUUUAGCUAGUCUUUAAAUUUGGACCAUUCAAAAAUGGCUCAGGGUGGGCGCCAAGAUCACUCUGUGAUCUCUUGUUACAGUAACGGUUUGUUUAUAGUUUUAAUUAACGGAUUAUGUUUAUCUUAGAAUUGACGGCUGAUAUUUAUUUUUCAUGAUUGACGGUUUAUGUUUAUGUUUUGAUUGACGGUUUAUGUUAUUUAUAUUCAGGUAAACCACUUGUUAUAUAUUCAUGAUAUAUCUUUAAGUUACAUAAUUAUGCAGAUUGCUUUAUUGUACAUGUUCUACUGUUGGAAUCAUAGUUAUAUGAAUUUGUAUUAUAAAUAUAUUUAAUUCGAAGCUUCUUUUGUAAUUACAGUAAAUUAACUGUUUCAUUUUCCAGGUAAACAGCUAAACCUAUGCCACAAAAAUCAUUAGAAUAAAUUUUGCCCGUUCGGAUCAAUAAUCCGCAUUGUAGAUUUUUCUUAAAGACUGAUUUUACACAACUUCAGAUAGUCUUGAUGAGCUGUUGUAUUACUCUUGUGUUUAGAUUACAAAAAAUGUAUAUAGGACGAACUGAUUUAAUUAAAUUUCAAAGUGAAUUGUU